AUAUUAUCAUAUGCAAGUGAGGCACAAAAUAAAAAAAAGGCUGCAAUAUUAUCAUAGCCAGGUGAGGCACAAAAUAAAAAAAGGCUGGAAUAUUAUCAUAUGCAGGUUGUUUCCCCGAUUAUGCCAAUUCCACUUACAUACGAGGGCUGAUCAAGCACGCUGACCAGAGAGCUGAACUUGAUUACAACUGAUAAACCAGUUCUUUAUCAGUCAGGAUCAUUUCUUUUCAUAAUUGCUUACAGAUAAAUAUGCACUGUUUAUUGAACUUGGCUUCCACUGCCAUCUGUUAUUGUUAACUUCUAAUCAUAGUGUAAGAGAAUGCGAAAAGGUGGUGGCUCCAGUGAGCGAGACCUGUUAGCCAGGAAUCACAUGGGUGAGCCAAGUGGCUAAAAUAACAAGGAAGCUACAUUAUUAUAACAUCAGGCCAAGGGUGUUGCCUGGACCGCAGUUAGGUUGCAUCGCAGUUAGGUUGCAUCGUAAGAAAAUAAAUGUAGGUAUGAAUUUCUUAUGUAAUAAUUUGUAAUGAUUGUGGUGGGUAUUGUAACAAUAAAAGUUGCUGUGAAAAAACGAUGAACUUGCAAGAUUGCGCUGUCACCUAGUUAAGUUUUAAAUUUGGAUCAAUAACGCAACAGACAAGACCGCUGUAGGAUUUUUCGCUGUUAAAGGAGAAGAAUUGUCACUUCGCAGUGUUGAUAAGAUAGAAUUCGGGAAAAAAGACGUCAAAGUCUACAUGUUCAUGCUUGGAAUUAGUAUAACAAGCUUUUAUACUCAUCAAUGAGAACUGCCGUCAUAUCUUGAAGAAAGCAGUGUUAUAUAUGCGUCUUCUCAUUGUUAAGGCAAAAUUCAAGUUGGAAUAUUUAUGUGUCUGAAGACAUGAUAAUUGUUGCAAGACAUCUGCAUACAAAGUCGGUCAUUUAGGAAGUGGACCCAUAUUCUGCAGGAAGAAAGGUUGUAUAAGUGUAAACAUCUUUCUUGCUUAGAGCAUUAACACGAAGCUUGCAAGCAUGGAAAUUGACACAAGAGACAUCAUUUUAUUGAUCGCCAGUGUUUUUAAAUGACUCCUAAUACAAGCAUUGGUUUCCGAACCCUAUGCAUAGAAUGUGAAUAUACCGUUCUUGCCACUGUUCAUAAAAUGAUUAUCCUUUCAACAGUCAAACAUUUAUUCAGUUACUCAUUAAAAGUCAUUGGAUGUUCAACUAUAUUGUAAUCAUUUUACUAUAAAAGGAAAUUGAAUAGCUAAAAAUGAAACCUGUAUGUUUAGAAGAUUGGGACUAAUAUAGCAGUUCACAUUCUGUGUCUGCCAGGUAGAAAUAACUCCUAUGACUGCAUUUGUGAUGCCAUAAGCCAAUUGACAAAGGUUUUUAUGGUAGAGUCUUGGUGCUAUAUUGGUCUCAACGUCGCUGCUUUUACAUGGAGAUAAAUGUAACAGUUGCCAUGGUAACAAAAAAGAUUUCUAUAUAUAAUAUAGAAAACACUAGUGCAGUCUACAAAUAGGCUAUACCAGUGUUUGCUGGGGAUAAGGUUGUGCUAUUUUAUGAGAUAAGGAAUUCAUGUUCUUAAGACAGAUUUAAGCUGAACAGUAUUGGAAAAGCGUAUUUAAAUCAGGUGGAUUCCCUAUUAAGUCGGCUACUUGUUAGAAAUGGCUAAAGAAGGAAUGUUCAGUUGCAGAAAGUGAAAGGGAAGUGUUUUUCUUACAAGAUUUCUUUACAUUCUAAAUCAUUGCUGAAAAAUUGUUGAACAAAAAAUGAACAUAGAAAGCAGUUUGAUUGAAUAAUGUGUCAUUUAAAGAUAAACAAAAGACCGUAACUUUGCAAAUUGUUGUAAUUUAAACAGCAUAUUUGAGAACAUUUUGUAUUCAAAAGCAGUCUAGAUCGUUAAAGAUAUGAAUUUCAUCUGACGUAAUUUUGUAAACAGAUUGAAAGAUAACAAAAUUGUUAUCACAUCAUUUAUAAUAAUGUAACGUGCAUUUAAGGAAAAGCUCACAAAAACAAACUGUAUGAUAAAGUUUUGAUCUAAACCAUUUUCAUAAUGGAGGGAAUAAGUGGAUUUUUAUCAACAAUUAUCGAUAAGAAACGUGCAUGAAAGGCAAAUAAGAGGAAAUUGAUCAUGCAGCAGUAAAGAAGUGCACGCAUUUCGGGCUUUGUUCGUCAACGUUUUGGCGAUCUAGACAGGAGCGAUGAUGAUGGCCUUUCACUGGCAGAAGUUGAGCCCGACGGAGUUCCACCAGCUUCAGGAAUAUACAUCGUACUCCUCCAAGAAGCUGAAAGAUGUGUUGGAAGAGUUUAAUGACAAUGGCGUUCUGUCACAGUACAACCCAGAAGAGCCCAUUGACUACGAAGGGUUCCGACUGUUCAUGGAGACGUACCUGGAGGCGGACAUCGGGGAAGACUUGUGCAAACACUUGUUCCUGUCCUUCAACAAGAAAUCACCGACGAGCCUCCCUUUGGCACCCCCAAUCCAGGGGAAGGAAUUGAGUGUUAAAGAUGUGGCCGUUGUCGCCUCACAGACUGUGUGUGCGGCAAUUACCCAUCAGUCUACAGAAAUCCAUGUGGAUCGGCAGGAACGCAGUGGUCUUGCAGAAAAAAUCCACGGAAUUACCGAAAAACUCCACAGUCUUGGACACAGUGGAGAUAAAGGGUUAGUGUCCAACCCAGCCAUUGAGAAAGCUCAGUACAGUGACAAGGACUGUGACGCCUCAAACCACUCUCGAUCUUCAUCCAAGAAAUCCAACCACAGCAUUCACAGUGUACACAACGGCAAGUCGAUAGAUGGUGCAGACCCCUGGAUUCGACAGUCAAACUCCUCGUUGCUAAAGACAAACUUGAAUACCUCGAAAGACAGUAAACAGUUAAUCCGAUCCACAAGUCUGGAUAUCAAGACGGGUCACAUUUACCUUAAGGACCUCGUGUGUUAUCUCUCCUUGCUUGAGGCAGGAAGACCCGAGGAUAAGUUAGAAUUUAUGUUUCGCCUUUAUGAUGCUGAUGGAAAUGGGCUAUUAGAUUCCAGCGAGCUGGACUGUAUUGUGAACCAGAUGAUGUCUGUGGCCGAGUACCUGGGCUGGGAUGUCUCCGAACUCAAGCCUAUAUUGCAAGACAUGAUGAUAGAGAUAGACUAUGAUUCUGAUGGUACUGUGACACUAGAGGAAUGGAAACGUGGCGGCAUGACGACCAUACCCCUUCUUGUGCUUCUUGGACUUGAUACUGAGAAUGUGAAGGAUGAUGGUACCCAUGUCUGGAGGUUGAAGCAUUUCAACAAGCCAGCCUACUGCAACUUGUGUCUAAACCUUCUCGUUGGUCUCGGAAAACAAGGGUUGUGUUGUACAUUUUGUAAAUACACUGUUCAUGAGCGUUGUGUGCAUCGAGCUCCAGCCUCCUGUAUCACCACAUAUGUGAAAUCAAAAAAGACGUCGCAGGUGAUGAAUCAUCAUUGGGUGGAAGGCAACUGCUCGGGAAGAUGUGACAAGUGUCACAAGUCCAUCAAAUUCUGUAAUGGUGUCACAGGGCUACACUGCAGAUGGUGCCAUCUAACUCUGCAUAACCGAUGUGCAUCCCAAGUGAAGCCAGAGUGUGACCUGGGUCCCAACAGGGACCACAUCCUGCCCCCGACAGCCAUCUGCCCUGCAGUUUUGGACCGAAAAACAGGCGAGAAACGUGCUCUCACCCGUACUGACUCGACUGUGUUUGAUGGCUCUGCUGGUCAGAGCUCGUUCCAGAUCAGUCCUGUUGACAAUGCUCAUCCUCUUCUUGUGUUCGUGAAUCCGAAAAGUGGCGGCAAGCAGGGCUCCAGAAUAAUGCGGAAGUUCCAGUAUUUGUUAAACCCUCGACAAGUGUAUGAUAUUAUGAAGGGAGGACCACAAGUUGGGUUGCAUUUUUACAAGGAUUUAAAGUACUUCCGGAUCCUAGUGUGUGGUGGAGAUGGGACUGUGGGGUGGCUACUUGAGGCCAUAGACAAGUUGAACUUUGACCCUCAGCCCCCUGUUGCUGUGCUACCUCUAGGGACGGGAAAUGAUUUGGCCCGGUGUCUACACUGGGGUCGAGGCUAUGAGGGUGAGAGUCUACCGAAGGUGUUGGACCGGAUAUCUCGUGCGGAGACCAUAUUGAUGGACCGAUGGCAGAUCGAGUUCUCAAAGCCGGAGGAUGGUGAAGAUGAACAGGGCGACCCUGUACCCUAUAACAUCAUCAAUAACUACUUCUCAAUCGGCGUGGAUGCCUCGAUAUGUCAUAGGUUCCAUAUAAUGAGGGAAAAACAUCCCGAGAGAUUCAACAGCAGAAUGAAAAACAAGUUGUGGUAUUUUGAGUUUGGCACGUCCGAGACACUGGCAGCGACAUGCAAGAACCUACAUGAAGACAUUGAUAUCAUGUGUGAUGGUUGCUCACUGGACCUUGCGAAUGGCCCUUCAUUAGAAGGCAUCGCCCUACUGAACAUCCCAAGUAUCUACGGGGGCACUAACUUGUGGGGGGACAACCCUAGCCAGAAGAAGCGACGCAAGGUUCAAAAACAAAUGAAGAAAGAUAAGGACAAGGAAUUGUCCACAAGCAGUAUGUCGUCUGUGGAGCUCGGCAUCGCAGUGCAAGAUGUGGGCGAUAAACAGAUAGAGGUUGUUGGCCUUGAGAAUUCAAUGCAUGCAGCCCAGGUGUACGCAGGGCUGCGGGCUUCCGGGAAACGCCUCGCUCAGUGCUCAUCUGUUGUUAUCAGAACUCGGAAGCGGUUUCCCAUGCAGAUAGAUGGUGAACCGUGGAUGCAGCCUCCCUGUACUAUAUCGGUCACUCACAAAAACCAAGCGCCCAUGAUGAUUGGACCGCCCUCAAGAAAGAAAUCCUCUCUGUUUAAAAUGUUCAAGAAAUAAUACCAAUGGCCUGCAGUUGCUCAUCUGUUCAUUUCUCACUCUCAACAUACUCAUCUAAAAAUAACAAGCCAAUCAACUUCAGGGAAUAUGUCACAUGAUUUCCAAGUGACCAAUCAGCAUGCUCCUUUCAUUUUAAAUGACUUUUACUUUAUAUUUUGUCUAUUUUGUACUCAAUACUCCAUGAAUGUUGUUUGCCAUAUACAGUUUUAUAUCAAGUAGUUGAUAUGUUAAUCAUGUAUUAUAUACUUCUAGAGAAUUCUUUCUAUUGCAAAGUAGAUACUUGUAGAGAAUUCAGUAUAGUAAGAUAAGUAAAGUCUGGAUUGGGAAAUGAAUGGAAAUGGUAUUUACAUGUAGGUAUAAAUUUUUUCCUUUUUCCUUAUUAAGUUUACAAUGUGUAGUUAACUUUUAUAAAAACUGUUUCAAAAUCUAUUGAAGUAUGCUGUGAAAAAAAUCAGAAUAUAAAAUUAUUUGAAGGAAACCAGCAGAAAAAGGUAUUAUGUAUCAUUAAAUACGGAAAAGGUAGUUUUUUUGGUAUUUUGUGAAACCGCUUUUUACAGAGAUUUUUUGUUAUUAUCUAUCUUGAAAGUACCAAUGAAUGUAAAAACAUAGGGGCUGUGGUUGCUGCCAGCCUAUUUUCAGUCACACUAAGACAUCAUAUUUGCUUCUUAUGUCAUAUUUACUCUGAGACACAUUUCUGCUUAUGACGGUUUAUUUUAUAAAAUGCUUAUAAUGUGCAAUUUCAAAGAUGAAGAUGUUUUUGCCUAACUCAAAGUGAAACCAGGGUUGUAUUAAAGAAGCAUUUUACAUUUAAUUCUCAAUCUUUCCAAGAGUAUUUUCUUCACAAUUUCCCCGUUUGUAUUAUUUCAUUCAUGUACUGGUAUUAUAUUGUAUUAUAUAAUAUAUAUAACUAAAUAAAAGUGCAAUAACUUAAGUUCUCACUAAUGUUUAAAGCAUUAGAUCAUUCUUUUGUGUUUGAAAAAAAAGAAGACAUUUUGGUAUUUUUACACUGAAGUGCAAAAAUAUUUUAGAUUUAUUUAAAAUAAACUUCAAGUUAAAAAUGAAUUUUCUUGCCAUAUCACAAUGGUGCAUAAAGAGGUUACGCCGAAGCUUGAUAAGUUUUAUUAUAUAUUUUGGAGACAUGGGUUGUGAAUGCUUAAUAAUCUCUUAUUGGAGCCAUUUUAUCAAUGAGGGUAUCACAAAUUUGAGUUUUGAAUCCUUAAUUUUUUGUUGUAAAAAAUCAUUUGGCUGAAACAGUUACACUACAAGUAUAUUUGUUGAAUAUUCAGGCUAGAUGUUAAAUUGAUUUCCGACACUUGCCCUGUGUCCAAAUACAGUGAAAUUUCAAAAUCGUACAAUAUUUUUUAGUUACCCUCAUUGAUAAGAUGGCACCGGUAUUAUUUGUACGUCCCUUGUUAUUGGCUAUAUGUUCUAUUAGAGACAACGUAAAACAUUAGGCCGGUUGUUCAGAUCUUCGUUAAAGUUAACAAUGAUUUACAUCAGCAUUGUUAAUUUUAAAUCUUUGUUGCUCUUGAAGAUUUGUGAUCAGCAGUAUUUCUAACAAAAUUUGAGACACCUGUUGCCACUGUACUUUUUUAUUUAAAUAUAUGAGCACAUCCUCAAAAAGUUAAUACUAGUAUUUAAAAGUUAACAACGAUGUCGUUAAUCAAACUGUUAACUUUAAUAAAGUUCUGAACAAUCAGCCCAUUAUGUUGAAUGUAAAUCCAGUGUUCCUCAUAUAUCUUCCAUUGAUUUCCAGAAGGGCUUACCAGUCCUGGUUAGGCCACAAUUAGUACAUUGGUUGUUUGGCGUUUUCCUACCCCCAUUUUUAGCCCAUUCAUAUUUAAAAUCAGUUCAUACACAUGAAUAACAAACAUAAAUUUUAAUUAAUAAACCUUAACUUUUUAAUAAAUUAUGCAUUGAUGGAAAAUAUUAGUUACUGAUAGCAAGAUCGUAACUGUGUAUUUAAUAGCUGAAAAAGCUCAAAUAUUAAAUGACUGGUGGGUCCUAAAAGAUUUUCAGUGAUCGACUAUUAGGUAGAAAUACUGCACCUUUUUGUCAAAUUAAACAUGGUAUCCUUUAUAAGAACCAUUGUUUUUUAAUUUUAUUAAUCCAUUUUGGUGAAUUAAAACAAGUGAAUUAAUUGUGGAUAUCUUAUUUGGGAGUAAGACUAAGAGUGCAUCUUUAAAUAACAAAAAUAAAAUAAAUAAAUCUGAAUAAAUAAUAUGAAAACUUUGUGGGGAAAAAUAAGGUCACUGCAUUCACUGGUAUUUUUGAGAGGUGGCUGGGAAACACGUAACAUACUGUUUAUAAAUUGUGGCCUAAUUAAUAAUUAUGUGAAUAGGCCAUUUUGGCAAGCAUUGGACAAUAUGUUCCUAGAAAUUUAUAUGAACUAGACAGUAUGUAUGUAACUAUUGAUAAAUAAAUAGGACAUCUUUCCAGUGAUUGAAAUUAUGGAAUCUGACUACUGUCAAAGUGUUUCAGAAAGCUCUUGGCAGAAGACAAAUGUUUAAUGCUACAAGUGUUUGUACUUUGACUGUGACUAAGUUACACAAGGUUAGUCUUGGCAGCUUCUUUGAUUUCUGUUUUAUAUUAUAAAUAUGGUGCUUUUUGUGGUAGCAUAUUUGUUUCUUCUUUGUAAACAUGGUGUGUAGUGGUUUUGCAUCUACACCUUUGGAUGAAUGAUUGUGGAACAAUACACCUAUGGGAGUAAAAGUGUGGACUGCUUGGCAUAAUGGCGUUUUAACUUCAACUAUAUUUUAUGCAUGAUAAUUGUUUCUGUGACAGAAAUUCUAUUCAAAAUGAUUGUUUAAAAGAGAUCAGAGUUUUGAUAGGAUAUUUUGAAAAAUGUGAAAAAUUAUGAAAACAUAAUUCAUUUCAUGUAUUUGAAGUACCGUAUAUAAACUUUGAUAAGAAUAAAUAUUACAAAAUUAAAUCAAAUUUGGUCUUAUGAAUCAUGAAAACUAUAUUGAAAGUAUCACAAAAAUUGUUUAUGAAUCUCUGAAGAAAAAAAAAUGUAAUAUAAAAAAAAAUCAUUGUUAAAUUACUCAAGAAAGCUCAAGUUAAGGUGUAUGUAUACAUGUACAUGUAUGUAUUAAUACAGUCAGAAAUAGUGCUGCAUGUUUGUUAUUAUGAUUCUUAAUUUACUUGUGCUACAAUGUAUGUACAAAUCAAACUUGAAAUUACAUAGAGGUAUGUACUUCAUUGACGGAUUACAAUGCAUUGCUGUUUUUUCAAAUGGUUAAAAAUAAACAUGAUUUGAGUUGAGUUGUCUUGCUAUGAAAAUAGAUUUCUAUGUGUUUAAGUAGUGCUUUACAUACCAAUUUAAGAUUGAUCUGUAUGACCUGUGAAAGAUAUUUAUUUUAAGAAGUAGUAAAUGUACAAAUUAAGUUGAAUUUACAAUAUAUGGUUUAACACCUCCAUUUGGCUUGGGUUAAGAUUUUUCAUAUUUUGAUUUCAAUUUGAUCUUAAGUUCAUCUAUCCCAUGAAGUGGAAUACACAUAAUUUAAUGAAUUAUUUCACAGGCCCCAAUUUCUCGAAACGUCUUAAGUCUCUUAUAACAGAAUUAAGCUAAGUUCUCUAAAAAAAAUUCUAUAAUUUGCGUUAUAUUUACUUCUUAAAGAUUUUUUAGACUUUAAAUAAGAAGUAUCUUUAUGAAAAUUACAAUAAAUCAUUUUUGACUGCUCAAAAUUAAAUUUAAGUAUGUAUAAUUAUGGCUUAUUGAAAUAAGCUACUUAAGCCUGUUGACCUUAAGAAGUUUCGAGAAUAUGGGGCUAGUUCUUUACAUUUCUGUAAAAUAGUUUCACAAUUUUCCAUUUUUAUGGGAAUUUAUCACUGGUGAUAAUGUGCAAUAAUAUUGUUUAACUUUAUUCAACUUACCUGAUCUGUUUUCCAAGGAAAACUAUUUGAGGUAAUGUCAAAGACUUGGUGUCGUUGUCAGAGAUGUCACUGGCAUUACCCUCAUGCAAAACAUUAUACCUUGACCAUAACUCUUAAAACUGUACAAGAUAUUCAUAUGAAACUUGGUAUACAUGUUGCAUGAGAUGAGCUUAAAUGGCUUUUGCUCCUUUGAUGCUUGUUAGGUUAUCUUGUUGGUUAUAGCAGUGUUACAUAUAACAAUAUAUUUAUUCUUUAAUUGAUUCUAUGAAUGGAAAUCUAUCAAAUACUUGACAAAUGCCAUACAAAUUAAUUUGAACAUUUAUUGCAAAAAAUAUAUCUAUUUGUUCAAUUAAAUAAAAAGUAAUGAUAUAAACAUGUAUUUUGUAUAGACAUUCAAAACUAUUUUUUAGAUUUUUUAGCUUCAUAAAAUUGUGCCAAACAUAGUUUAUUUUUAUGUGUAAAACAUUUCAAACAAUGUUUUUACAUGGGCAGUGAAACGAUCUACGGAUAGAUUAAAGCAACUUGAAAUGAUUAUAGAAUUGAAUAAAUGCUUUCAAGAAUUUAAAAAUGCUCCUUUUUUACAUAUACUCAUAUUGCAUGUAACUAAAUCUUAAGUAGUUUAAUAAUUAUGGGGUAUGUUUUCGUAAUAUGAUCAUAUUAAUAUACUACUAACAUUGAUAUGGUGUUGCUGUACCAUAACAAAGACGGUUAUUAAACUAUUUAUGUGUUUGAUAAUGUGUAUCUUGAAGUAAACAAUAACAAAACAAGAUAGAAGUUUAGUCGUGUGUUUAUUUAAACCCAACAUAAAAGGAAUACAACUUUUUGUGUGAUUCUAUUUUAUAAAAUACUUUCAUAACAUAUGUAAAUUAAAAAAAACUUUUCUGCAAUAUACACCUGUAUAAUAAAUUAUUUUGUUUGAUAGAUUUUUGUUUUGAAAUUCAUUUUUUUCUGACUUGUAAUGAUUGUUUUUCUGUAUUGAUUUUUUAAAAACACAUAGGUAUUGAUUUGAUAUUCAUAUAUUCUUUUACAUGAGUUUUUAUUAAGGGCAUACAUGUAUGCUUUAAGUAAGAGUUGCACGUAUAAGAGACUAGGUAUUAUAGUCGAAAAACAAUGUUGUCAUUUUGUGGCAAUGUUAUUUGAGUAAUAAUCGUUUUAGAGAUAAAAUUUAACUUUUUUUGUGUAUAAACAAGGUUUUCUUUUGUAAUUUAUAUCUUUCAUUCUUGAUGUAUUACUUCAAUCUAAUAUACAUAAUAUUACACAUAAUAAUACAAUAAUAUUCAUUAUAAUUUCACACAUUGUUUUGUUAAACAUUUUAUUAUAUAUUAAGAGUACUAACUCUCGUAUUCACUAAUUGAUCUAAUGUGUAUUUAGUAUGAUUACUAAUUUUAAAUCUUGUUUUAUUAUUAUUAUGAUUGUUAUUUGUCAGUCUAUAUUUGUGUAUUUGUACUACAAGUUGCUGAUAAAAUAUACAGAAAAAGC